AUGGUGUUUGAAAAGGAAUUAUUAGUUGCAACUCAGGCAGUGCGCAAGGCGUCUUUAUUGACCAAGAGAAUUCAAUCUGAAGUAAUUUCUCAUAAAGAUUCUACUACCAUCACCAAGAGUGACAAUUCUCCAGUGACUACAGGCGAUUAUGCGGCACAGACAAUUAUUAUCAACGCCAUCAAGAGCAAUUUCCCGGAAGACAAGGUGGUGGGUGAAGAAUCCUCGGAUGGGUUGAGUGAUUCGUUUGUGUCAGGAAUCCUGAAUGAAAUAAAUGCCAAUGACGUCGUCUACAAUAAAGAAUACAAACAGCGUGAUUUCCAGUUCACUAAUGACCAGUUCCCGCUAAAGUCUAUCAAGGAUGUCAGACAAAUCAUUGAUUUCGGCAACUACGCAGGUGGCAGAAAGGGCAGGUUUUGGUGUUUGGACCCCAUUGAUGGGACCAAGGGGUUUUUGAGAGGCGAACAGUUUGCAGUAUGCUUAGCAUUAAUUGUUGAUGGUGUUGUCCAACUUGGCUGUAUUGGGUGCCCCAACAUGGUCUUGAGCUCUUAUGGAAGCCAGGAUUUGAAGGGCCACGAAUCAUUUGGUUACAUCUUCCGUGCUGUCAAAGGUUUAGGUGCCUUCUACUCUCCAUCUUCAGAUGCUGAGUCAUGGACCAAAAUCCACGUUAGACAUUUGAAAGACACCAAAGACAUGAUUACUUUGGAAGGUGUGGAAAAGGGACACUCUUCACAUGAUGAACAGUCUGCUAUCAAAAGUAAGUUAAACAUUUCCCAGUCUUUGCAUUUGGAUUCGCAAGCCAAGUACUGUUUAUUAGCCUUGGGCUUGGCUGACGUAUACUUGCGUUUGCCCAUCAAGCUUUCUUACCAAGAAAAAAUCUGGGACCAUGCUGCAGGCAACGUUAUUGUCCACGAAGCUGGUGGUAUCCAUACAGACGCUAUGGAGAAUGUUCCCUUGGACUUCGGUAAUGGUAGAACCCUGGCUACUAAGGGUGUUAUAGCGUCAAGUGGGCCACGUGAGUUGCACGACUUGGUUGUAUCUACAUCGAGUGCUGUUAUUCAAUCUAGAAAAGCGUAA